GGCUUCCAAUUCCUCUUGCAGCGUUGCUCUAUCGCUACGGAAAUGAUCUCACUCUGAUUUGUGUUGCUCAGGAAAAGUUGUUUACCAUGAGCAGCUGUAUGCGGUAAUGUAAUGGCAACAUCGCACAUUUUUUAUGCAUUGGUGUGCCAGUGUGCAAAACACCUCCACAAACAAACAGAUAAACAAAAACAAACAAUCAUAUACAAAACACCUCAUCUUCCAUCUUCCAUCUUCUGCCUUCUAUUUCACCUGUCCCUUGUGUCCACCCACUCUUCAGAUUAGCUACCAGAGCAUCGAGUCCUCCGACCCGAGUGUCAACGUGCCGGGCCAGCGUCGCACCGUGUCCAAGCUGCGGAACGAGACGUACCACAUGUUCUCCGGCCUGCACCCCGGCACCACCUAUCUGGUGUCUGUGCGCGCCCGGACCUCCAAGGGCUUCGGUCAAACUGCGCUCACCGAAAUCACCACCAACAUCUCUGCUCCUACAUUUGACUAUGAGGAAGUCCCCUCCCCAGUCAGCGAAUCAGAGAACACCAUCACAGUCGUGCUCCGCCCAGCUGUGGGCAGAGGUGCACCUGUCAGUGCGUACCACGUGGUGGUGGUGGAGGUGGACGGCUCGCGGCAGGUGCGGAGGAGAGAGCUAGGCCCGCAGGACUGCUUCCCUGUGCCCCUGUCCCACAGCGAGGCCCAGGCCAAGGGCGUGCCCAACUACUACACGGCCGAACUGGCCCCUGACAGCCUGCCCGAGGCCUCCGAGUUCACUGUGGGGGACAACCACACUUACAACGGCUACUGGAACUCGCCGCUCGACCCCUCCAAGAACUACCUCAUCUACUUUCAGGCCGCCAGCCACUUCAGAGGGGAGACCCGAAUCAACUGUAUCCGGAUUGCACGCAAAGUGGCUUGUAAGGACCAUAAGAGGGCCCUCGAGGUCUCGCAGCAUGCUGAGGAGAUGGGCCUGAUCCUGGGUGCAUGUGCGGGCGGCCUGGUGGUCCUCAUCCUCCUGCUAGGGGCCAUCGUCAUCGUCAUCAAAAAGGGAAGGGACUUCUACUCUUACCCUUACUACCCAAGGAAGAAGGUGAACAUAAACAAGGCAGCCAUGGCGUAUCGUCAGGAGAAGACCAGGAAGUUGGGAUCUCUGGACUGCACCAUGACGGAGCAGAGCACCUUACAGCAGGAUGAACGCACCGCACACUCCUUCUUGGACAUGCAGACUGGCAGCACACGCAACUGGCAGCACACGCAGUGA